AUGGGCUUGGUCUCGGACUGCCAGGCGAAUGGCAACCACCAGCCGCCGCCGCCGGCAGAGGCGGAGCAGGUCGUCGAGGAGGGCGAUGCCGGCGACACGAUCAAUGGCAACUACCAGCCGCCGGAGCCGGUGGCUGAGGCGGGGCAGGUCGUCGAGGAAGGCGAUGCCGGCGUGACGAUGGAAGGCGUCGCUUCCAUCGCCUUGCUGCCUACUGGUGCCAUCUCCGGCCAUUUCAUUCGGCUCCCGGGCUCCAUCUGCUACGGGCUACACGGCACUCCAAUAUCUUGUGAGAGGGAAUGUAGCCGAGGAGAGGACUACCGCCUUAUAAAGCUCACCAUCAUUGAUUUUAAGAGCAAGAGAGAGAAGGUGCUUGUGGUGGAAUGCAGGGGCCAUGAUGCUGCUCGAUUACAAAACGUUGACCAUUUGCAUGGGUGGGAAGAUGACAUUGUGGGCUUGGUUGAGAAGGAACAUGGAAAUGAGAAAGUCUUGCUUUCUUUUGAAUGUGAGACGCUGAAGGCUGAUAAAGACGCCGAAGAUCAUAUUGCCAAAUACAUGCCAAAUCUAUGUGGACUGGAUGCAGUUGUAUAUACACAUAAUUGCUCAUGUAAAAAGGUUGCACUUUUCCUCUUUUUAAUUAAACUGAAGUUCCAAAAGGUAUCAUCUUCACAGUCCCCUGAGAAUGUCGGUCAACUCAAGGUCUGCCGAUGUGGGUCGGGAGACUCUAACUUUCAGAUCACUAAUAAAUCUGACGCUGGUGAAAAUUCACCGACAACUUGUCCAAACUGUCAGGUUCUUAAGAGUGGAAAUUUACUGCUCUCAUCUAAAGGGAUUGGCUGGACAGUAUGGAAAAAGCGUUGGUUUAUUCUUACAAGGACAUCGUUAGUGUUCUUCAGGAGCGAUCCUAGUGUUCCCCCUCCCAAAGGAAGUGAACCAAUUGUUACACUUGGUGGAAUUGACUUGAAUAACACUGCAAGUAUGAUAGUCAAAGAAGAAAGGAAAGUUAUAACAGUCGUCUUUCCUGAUGGCCGUGAUGGGCGCACUUUCACCCUUAAGGCAGAAACUACAGAAGACCUAAAUGAGUGGAGAAGUGCAUUGGAGAAUGCUCUGGCUCAGGCACCCAGUGUUGCGAAUACAGCGGGACAACAUCCGAUAGUCAGCACUGACAUAACAGAACCUGUUGAAGCUGCUGUUGAACAAGCGGAGGAUAAGUCUGUAAUCGGCAGACCAGCAGAAUUUGCACUUGUCGAUGCUGAUGGCAAUACAGCAUUCCUGGAGAAGGCCUUAAAGUUCAUUGAAGAUUAUGGUGUGAAGGUUGAAGGAAUUCUCCGUCAGUCUGCUGAUGUUGAAGAAGUCAAACGCAGGGUUCAGGAUUACGAAAAGGGAAAGAACGAGUUCUCCCCAGAAGAGGAUGCGCAUGUUAUUGGUGACUGUAUUAAGUGCAUUCUUCGAGAGAUGCCAUCUUCUCCAAUUCCGGCACCAUGUUGCACUGCCCUGGUUAGAGCUUACCGAACUGACAAGACAAAAAGACUUGAUGCUAUGAAUAGAGUGAUAUAUGAAGUAUUCCCAGAAUCAAAUCGUCAAUUGUUGCAGAGGAUUCUCAAAAUGAUGCAGAUUGUUGGAUCACACAAAGCUGUAAAUAGGAUGUCUCCAUCUGCUUUGGCAGCUUGCAUGGCACCGCUUCUUCUGCGUCCUCUUCUUCUUGGUGAAUGUGAAAUUGAUAGUGAAUUCAGUAUGGCUGGGGAUGGUUCAUUCCAGUUGCUUCAAGCUGCUGCUGCUGCCAACCAUGCUCAAGCUAUUGUUAUUAUUAUGCUUGAGGAAUAUGAUCAGAUAUUUGAUGAUAUUGAAGACGGUUCGUACUCUUCAGAUGCUUAUACCGAGUCUGACAUUGACAAGGAAUAUUCGACAGACAAUGACAUCCCUGAAGACGAUGGUUCCUAUGGUUCUGGCGAAGAUGUUGAAGAAGAUUUAAAUGAUGAUACUGAACACUCUUCUGGCAUGAGGGUUGAAUGUGAUAGUAACAUUAGGAUUGAUAAUGCUGAUGAUAAGGUUAAUAACAAUAUCUCGAGCACUACAUGUGAUGACAAUGAUAAAGUUGUUCAACCUCCUGCAAGGGUCAUGGAAGACAGUAAUCAAAUUUCUUCUCUUCCAAAAGUGGAUGAUACAUCUAAAAUGCAGAGCAACAGUUCAUCCACAGAUCAUAUACAAAAACAAAAUGCUCAUUCGUCAGUAAGCAAAAGGAACUCAUGGGGGCGUACUUCAGCAAGAAAAGGCUUGUCAACAGAGGAGGCUGGCUGUUGCAGUGAUAACGAUGAGGCUCAUAUUGCGAAGCUUGAAAACAAGAAGACCCAUCUCCAAUCUAAACUUACAGAGGAGGUAAAAGAAAAUACAGUCCUCCAGGCAAAUUUAGAAAGGCGAAAAGAAGCACUACAUGAGCGUCGUGUAGCACUUGAAAAAGAAGUGGAAAAUUUACGAGACCAGUUGCAGAAGGAGAGAAAUUUGAGGGCUUCAUUGGAGUCUGGGCUAAUGAAUAUGCGAAGAGGACAAGUGUCCUUCCCGUCAACGAUAGACACCAAGACUAAGGCAGAUCUUGAGGAAGUUGCUGCUGCUGAAGCUGAUAUUAUGAACUUGAAGCAAAAGGUUUCUGAUCUUCGGGGACAACUCAACAACCAAGUCCAGUUGAGUUCCACCUCGUUAUGUGAAUCAUGCAACAGCAAGCGAUACAUAAAUGCAGACAAGUUUGUCGAAGGUGAACAAAAUGCCAGCCUUUCUCCACAGAUUGGCUCCUCAGUCGAAGCACAACCAAUUGUAGGGUCUAAUUCUGUACCUGACAUGUUCUGGGCUACAAACCAAAUGGUUCAGAAGAUGUUGUAUUCAAAGUGUGAGAUUGGGAAGGACGGCCAAGACGGAUCACUUACAUCAAGAUGGAACUUUGCACAGAGACCGCACUCAAAUAGUCCAGUUACGAGCAGGGUUCAAGGUUCAAAUGUCUAUUCAAGUACUAAAACCGAGGAAUCUGGGGCCGCACCAUCCUCAGCAUUAGCCAAGCUGACUACUCGACUCAACUUUCUGAAAGAAAGAAGGGCCUUGCUUGCCAGUGAGAUGCAAAACUUAGAUCUGGGUCGCUCCCAGGCCCAGAGGCAGACAGCUCCUCCGAAAACUGAGACUUCAUCUGAGAAGUAG